AAUAUAUAUUUGAAUGUGAGCUUACAGAUAAGCAACAUGUGAAAUGAUGGUCAAGCGCAACAAAUUUAUUUGACCAUAAAGUGACAUACAUGCAUAAUAUUAUGCAUAUAUAAUCGCAAUGCAUGUAUAAUGUAUGCAAAUAUAAUAUUUUGUAUGCAUAUUAGUAAUAGCUGGGUUGUAAAUGUACUAUUGUUUUGCGAGUAUACAUAGAGUACAAUACUAGAGUUUGAGAAAAAUGUAGACUACAUCAGUGAAAUCUUAUGAUUGUCAGUUUUGUGAAAGUAACCUCUACUGUACGUGUACUUGUAUAAUUGAUGUUUCAGAUGUGCUGUUAGAAUUCAUUACGAUGUGCUUGGUCUCUGGCCUCCUGAUGAAAAAUUGGUAGUCUGACAAAAAAAUUGGUUAAUGUUGGCUCAGCCUCACAAGUCACUAAAGGAGAUGUGCUACAGAUGCCCACUCUUGCAAAAACCAUGAUGGUAUUUAUGAUUAAGAGCCUAUUAUCUGGUUUUCGCUUCCCAUAUCUUCUACUUCCAUGUGCUAGUAAUGGGUGUCACUUUUGAUGGUCUUUCAAUUAAUCGCCGUCUUUUGAAGAUUCAUGAUCAAUCACCUAAGUGCAUAAAUAAAGUGAAGAAUGAUUGUAUAUGCUACUGAGAAAAGGUAUAUUUAUUUUUUUCUGACACACCACAUCUAAUUAAAACAACUCUAAACUGCUGGAAUUCUAAAGUACGGUCAUUAUGGCGUAAGGGAAAGGAUAUUUCUUGGGAUCACCUGAAAAGAUUGUAUGAGUCAGAUAAAGGAAAAGCAUCAGGCCUUUCAAUGGCUCACAAAUUAAAGCACGAGCAUAUUUAUUUAAAUUCAUUCUCUAAGAUGCAUGUUGAUCUAAUAUCACGGGUAUAAUGUACACGUUAUUACACAAUUUUAAUGAAAUGUAGGUACUGAGUAACUCCGUUUCAAUGGCUUUGAUGUUAGUACUGGAGGAUGAAGCAUCGGAAACAUCAUUGUUUGCAUCUAUGUUUAAUAGAUUUUUUGACAUGCUCAAUGUCAGUAAUUAUACCAAUGGCACUAGAUAUAGAAACCCCACUAUAUACCCAUACAGACAUGGUAAUGAUCAUAGGUUAAAGGUGGGUUGUUGGCUGUACAUAUGCAUAAUUACACCUAGCUAUAAUUGUAAUAGUGGUUAGAACAAGAUUUUAUUCAAUUUCUUGAUGAAUGGGAAGAUUCAGUUGAAAACAAAGAAGGGUUUUCUAAAGCAGAAAAGAAUUUAAUCUUGCUCAGUCAUGAAACUAGAGUUAGAUUACGUAUUACAGGUAAAUAUAAAAAUAAUACAUUUCAGUUUAGAUCUAAUUGUAUUCAAAAUAUAAUGCGCUCAUUUGUGGAACUUGUGAGGUAUAUAUUCUCUAUACCAUCAAACAAAGGUCUGGCUUUUUGAGUCAAAAUAUAUGUCGAGACCCACUUGAAAAUUUAUCUAUGAUGGUAUACGGUAGGCAUACUGUAUAUUGGGGCUAUAUAGUAUCUGCAUAAUAUGAGCGAACCCUGGUAUACGGUAGGGGCAUCACGUGAGAUCACUUGAGUUGCAUGUUGAGACUUGAGAUAAAAGUCAUAAAACUCACAAAAGCAAAGUUGAAAGUUGCCUUGAGCCGAGUUUUAUCCUUUUUGAAUUUCCUCCUGUGAUGGCUGCACGAUCAGUUCGUGAAAGAAAAUUAGACACUUCGCCUCACAGUUACAUUUCUCACAGUAAACUUCCUAGGCCCCCCAGUGCUACUGCUCUGGCAAGAUGUUAUGGAGUGCGUAAUACAGCCUAUUUUGAUCUUGAGUGGUCAUCUGAAAGUUAUUCACAUGCUGAUUACGGUAUUGAGGAAGACAAUAAGUGCACUCUGAAAGCUGUAGGGUCUAAGGUAGGUUUGUCACCAGCAUGUGACAAGUUAUUUCAAGGAGACGAAGAAUCUGAAGAAGGGCCGGGACAGCUUGAAGAAGUGAAAGAAGACAAAAUUGACCAAAUAAAGGCAACAAGACGAAGUGAAGGGUAUGCAAAAGAAGUCCUGUUGUGGCAUUUGUCGGACACACAGGAUGAUCAAUACGAAAUUGAUAAAGCUAUCCUCAAAGUAAAUGAGCUACCUACUCUGUUAUCUAACACAUUAGAGAGGCCUGAUAUCGUACUUUAUUCUCACAAUCACAAAAAGUUAAUUACUACUUUUGAAGUUUUAUCAUCACCGAUCAUGGAAUUCACCAUUUAUAAAUCGAUUAUUGGGGUGGCGAAUGUGAUUCGGCUUCUGAAAUGUAGGAAUAAAUCAUUUAACUAUUUUACCUGUUUCACAUUACCUAGUAUUCAGUCAGCUGGUGUAAUUGUUAAAGUCAGUGUAGAGUGGAAAGAUCUUAAGUUUUGGGUUAGUUUGACCUGUUAUGAGGACAUUGAAGAAGGCUUGAAAGCUAUUAAUGACAUAUAUAUACAGCAAACAAGUAACCUACCUGAUUUGCCGACUGAUGUAUCAGAAACUUUAAUCGAAAUAGAAGCAUCAGAUCUAGCAUUUUUGAAACUACCCAGUUGUAAGCCUAUACCAUCUGUAAGGCAUGUAAUGUUUUAAUUUACAUCUGAACUUGCGGAACAAAACAUCUACCAAGUUUUGUAUGAUCCGGAGGAAAAAAAUCUCUUCAAGGUAACUAGUGAUAUGUCUUCUUCUCCUACAAAAUUUAUUCAUUGACAACUUGUCAAGGAAUAUCCUUACGUCAUUUACUCUUACAAGAAAGUACCAUACGGACCUUUGAGUAUUGUUGAGGCUUCUGAAUGCUUAAAGUAUUUGCUGCUGUCAAUUAAAGAAGCUCUUGAAGAGUUACAUUCUUGUGGUUUGAGACACAAUGACCUCAGAUUACCAAACAUGUGCUUUUAUAGUGAGUACGAAGCGAUAUUAAUUGAUUUGGAUACCUGUACUCCUGCUGAAUAAUGUCAUCCAUCAUUUUCAGGUGCAAACAGUUGCAUGUACAAAGCUCAGCAUUUGCCUCAUGAUGGGAAUACUGACUACAUGCAACUGGGAUGGUUAAUAGUUAAUGUACUAGAUCCUGCAGGUGACAAACACAAUAAAAAGUAUGAGGAGAUACGAGAGGAAAUUCAAAAGUGUGAAUUUGUGUCACAUUUAAUUAAAGAAGGAAAAUGGAAUGAUAUCUUCUUCCAAUCAUUUCAACAAGGAGCGGGUGAGACACUUGAAGAUGUUCUUCGCAAAUUGUAUGACAUAUAAUAUAAUAUGACAUUAAUUUCACUGUUUUAAUUAUUCAAGUUUGUAAUUUUCACAUUGAUUGUAUGUGUAGUAGUUCUAUCUUUCUUAUUAAAUAGUUUUAAUU